GGUGCUGUCAGCCGGACCAACUGCAACUGCUAGAAUUCAGAGGGGAGGGAGAAAGUGGUACCGUGCUCGUUACCUGUGUGAUCCAGGAAGAGGAGGUCACGCUCAUCUUGUACAUCUUAGACUUGUUUUUAUUUGUUACCAGCGACUGUUCAUGUAAUGCACUCCCUUAACCAGGAAAUUAGAGCAUUCUCCAGGACUAAUCUCAGGAAGCAAUGCACCAGGGUGACAACAUUAACUGGGAAAAAAAUUAUAGAAACCUGGAAAGAUGCCAGAAUUCACGUGGUGGAAGAAGUUGAGCCUGGCAGUGGGGGUGGCUGUGGUUUUGUGCAGGACCUAAGCCUGGACCUGCAAGUUGGUGUUAUUAAGCCAUGGUUGCUACUGGGAUCACAAGAUGUUGCUCAUGAUUUAGACACACUGAAAAAACACAAGGUCACUCAUAUUCUCAAUGUUGCCUGUGGAGUUGAAAAUGCUUUCCUCAAUGACUUUACAUAUAAGAACAUUUCUAUUCUGGAUCUACCUGAAACCAAUAUCAUAUCUUAUUUUCCAGAAUGCUUUGAAUUUAUUGAAGAAGCCAAACUGAAGGAUGGAGUGGUUCUUGUUCAUUGCAAUGCCGGGGUCUCCAGGGCUGCUGCAAUUAUAAUUGGCUUCCUGAUGAGUACUGAAGAAAUCACAUUUACCAGUGCCUUUUCUUUGGUGAAAAAUGCAAGACCUGCUAUAUGCCCAAAUUCAGGCUUCAUGGAACAACUUCGAGCAUAUCAACAGUGAAAAAUAAAUAUGGCAAUAAGUAAUUGGGCACAAUAAAAUUCAGGAAGCAGAUGAAGCCAACAGUUUGUGAAAUGGCAUUUCAACAGAUGAUGUGAAACUAUAACUUCUGAAUUGACCUUUUAAAACCAAGUUUUUAUGAUAGAAUGGGAGAAACCAAACCCUUUCCUUUUAUUACCCUUAAAGUGUAAACUGAGGCAGUUCAAUUAUCUUGAGCUACAGCCUAAAUGAAUUUUUUAAAAGUGUUGCUUAUUCUUCAGUAUUUCAAAUGUGUGAUAGAAUGCUUUCUUGAAUUGCAUAGACCAAAUAACA